GCUUCAGGGCACUCAGGCAGAGGGCCGGCUCUAGGACAGCGUCCAGCACCUAACACGUGUACUUUAGCUGACAAACAGCCAUGCUCAAAGCGGGCGCCACCAAGGUGGGGCUGCCCAAGCCCGGACCCCAGGAACGGGCGAAGCAAGCCUCCUUGGUCCCCUCCUCUUCCUCAACCACCUCUACAGCCAUGAAGACCUCCAGAUCCUCCAGCAUGCUUGCCUCAGAACAGCGCCUCAGCAGGAUGAAGAGAGCGAGCAGUGACGAUGCGCUGACAAAGCCUGCGCUGGGAGCUGCUGCCUUUGGCUCACGGAUGAAGAAAACUGUGACCACCGGCGCCAUCUCAGAUCUGGCCGAGGCCCGUCCCCGCAGCCUGUCCGGUGUUCAAGGAACCAAGAAGUCUGGUAUCCCAGCACCCAGAGAAAUCCCUUCUUCCAUAACAAGGGACCGCAUCUCCCUGAAGGACCAGCUGAGGAGCUCAUCUACGAAGAGAAUGGUUUCCAGUGCCAGCACUUCAAGCCUCUCCACCUUGGCAAAGCAGACUCGUAGCUCAACCAAGGCCCGCGGAGAUGCAGAGGGCCAAGAAAAGGGUCUUCUGGAGUGCCAGGUGAAAGAGCUGCUGGCGGAGGCCAAAGCUAAAGACUUCGAGAUCAGCAAUCUAAGAUUGGAGUUGCAGCGCUGCAAAGGUAAAGCCUCCGCUGCUUCCUCUUCGCCCUCACACAACUCUGUCUUGAGCCAAGAUCCCGCUGCAGAUACAGAGCAGGAAGAGGUCACGGAGGCCCUAGUUCUGGUCGGGGAGCUGAGGGAGAAGAAUGGGAAGUUUCAGAGAGAGCUGGCAGCCCUCAGAGAGGAGAACCAAGUACUGAAGGGAAAGCUGCUUUCCUUGGAAGCUUCUCCGCUCUCUAGUGCAAAAACCCCCUCCCAGUCUUUAGUAAAUGGCCUGCCGUCAGACUCCAACUCCUCGGCUUCACAACUAGACAGCCCCCCUUCUACUGCCAGCCCAUUCAAAACCUCUGUCUCUUCCAGCUCCGAUAUCACCAAGGAUUCACCUUCACCUGACUCCUCGGAGUUUGAGAAGAUCCCGUCAUGCUCAGAAUCAGUGAGCAGUAGUGUCAGUUGUGAAGUCGUUGCACCGGGGGCAGCAACCAGUGUGUCGGUACGGAGCCUAACAGAACAGAUUCACAAGAUGGAGGAGAGCCACCACAGUACAGCAGAGGAGCUGCAGGCCACUUUGCAGGAGCUGGCUGACCAGCAGCAGGUGGUGCAGGAGUUGACGGCUGAAAACGAACGCCUGGCUGAAGAGAAGCGCCUCCUGCAGACCUCACUUCAACAGCAGAGAGAACGUCUGGAGAUGCUGGCCCAGAAGAAUGAGGCACUGGCUAUCCAACUUCAAGAGCAAUCCCAAACUCAGGCCCAGAGGGAGGAAGAGCUGGGUAGCCAAGGGCCGCGGCUGGCCGAGUUGGAACACAGGUAUCGCGAGCUGGUUGAGGGCUCACACUUUGAACGGGAGAAGCUGGUGGACAUCCAGCAGCAGCUGACCGGCAGCUUGCGGGCUCUGGAAGAGGAGCACCAGGAGUCCCAGGGUCAGGUACGCUGCCUCAGGGAGGAGAUGGACAUUCUGCAGGCUCAGCUGGCCCAGGAGUUGGAAGUUGGAGAUCAGGCAGCACAAGCUGCAGAGGAGCAGAAGGCUAGAGCAGAGUGUCUCAGACUGGAAAACAGUAGGCUGAAAGCGCAGGUGGACAUAGAGAGACAGAAGGUGGGUGAGCUGAAGGCUAUGCAAAGUGCCAGCGACAGCACUGAGAUGCAGAGCCUGCUGAAGACAGCCCACAGUGAGAGAGACAGGCUGGAGGUGGAGCUGACAGAGCUGAACCAAGAGAUGCUACAGGCUCAGGCCGAGACUGAGCAUGUGCGAACCACAAUGUCCAAGGCAGAGGCCAAAUGCCAGCAGGUUCAGGAUUGGGCUGAGAGGAGGGAGCAGGAGCUCAGCAGCCAGGUGACGUCCCUGGAGGAGGCUGGGAACCAGGCUGACAACCAUGUGAAGGAGCUGAAGGAGACCAUCUUUGAGCUGGAGGACCAGGUGGAGCAGCAGAGGGCCGUCAACUGUCACACCAACCAAGCCGUCCUGGACAUGGAGAAUCUCGUUAAAAAGAUGGAAGAGCAGAAAGCUGAAGUUGAGCGGCAACUGAAAGUCUUUAACAGACAGAUGAAGGAUGAAAAAGAGGAGUGGCGUCGGUUUCAGGCGGACCUCCAGACCGCAGUUGUGGUGGCCAAUGACAUCAAGGUGGAGGCUCAGCAGGAGCUGCGUGCCCUCCGGAGGCAGCUGCAGGAGGAGCAGGAUCGCGGCGCAAAGCUUUCUUCCGACCUAGAAGCCGUGCAAGGAGUCAGGUUCCAAAGUGAAGAGGGGAGAGGGUCCGACUCUGAUAGCAGCCGUCACUGGUGUGGCAUCUCCAUGAUCCCGACCACGCCCUCCGACGCCAGUGGAGAUGCAGAAUCAGAUCCCGGAGCUACGGUCAAAUCCCUCAUUAAGUCCUUUGAUACUGUCGGACAGAAUGGACCAGCUCACACAGUUCAAAUGCAUUCCUCCCCAAGAAGCCCACUGAGCGGGAUUCCUGUCCGCACCGCCCCUGCUGCUGCCGUCUCCCCCAUCCAGAGACACUCGUACAUAAAGCCCCUGUCAAAGAUGUUGGAAAAAAGAAUCAAUCAGGGAGAAUUCUCUCAUCCUCACGACAAGUUGUCGGGCUGCGGCGAAGACAUGAAACCUAAUAGCCUUAUGAGGAAGAGCCCUUCCCUGGAGUCCGUCAUUAAAGCUCCAAUCUCCUUCAGCAGCCGCACAGCAUCCUUCAGCUACAACCGAGGCAACAGCAAGCUCAGUGUGGAAAGAAAGGACCCCUUGGCUGCACUGGCGCGGGAGUACGGCGGAUCUAAGAGAAACGCUCUACUGAAGUGGUGCCAGAAGAAAACACAAGGCUAUCCGAAUAUCGAUGUGACUAACUUCAGCAGCAGUUGGAGUGACGGCCUGGCUUUCUGUGCCCUUCUGCACACGUAUCUUCCGGCCCAUAUCCCUUACCAGGAACUCAUCAGUCAAGAUAAGGUCCGGAAUCUAACCCUGGCUUUCCAGGCAGCUGAGAGCAUUGGCAUCAAACCCUCCCUGGAAAUCGAGGAGCUGAUGAAGACCGACAGGCCGGACUGGCAGAGCGUCAUGCAGUACGUCUCUCAGAUCUACAAGUACUUUGAGACCUGA